AUGGAUCGAACUGUGAAGUUAUGGCAUUUGUCACGUGGAGAAUGUUUGUGUUGUUUCCAACAUGUUGAUUUUGUAACUUGCGUAGCUUUCCUACCAAAGGAUGAUCGAUAUUUUCUAUCCGGUUCGCUUGAUGGAAAACUUCGGCUGUGGUAUAUACCGGAUAAAAAAGUAGCCGUAUGGAACGAAGUUCAAGUCAAAUUUAUAACUGCUAUUACUUUUGUCAAAAACGGCAAGUUUGCUGUUGUGGGAACAUACAACGGGAGGUGUUAUUUCUACACCAGUGAUCAAUUGAAAUACCACACCGUGGUUGAUGUUCGAUCAUCGAGGGGCAAAAAUGCACGAGGACAUAAGGUAACAGGCUUGGCAGUGCACGGGGACAAACUACUGGUGACUUCAAAUGAUUCACGAAUAAGAAUGUAUGAUGUGAGGGAUAUGGCUUUAACUUGUAAAUUCCGAGGUGCCCAAAACGAUCAUUCGCAAAUCCGAGCAGCCUUUUCUCCUGAUGGUCGUCACAUCGUCUGUGGAUCAGAGGACAAAUUUGUAUACAUAUGGAGAACUUCCGAUCUUCCCUCAACCUUGUCGGUGCGCAAAGAUAGGAAUGCUAUGUGGGAAAGAGUUAGGGCUCAUAACUCACCGGUGUCAGUAGCAGUGUUUGCCCCGAAGCCACAAGUUUUCAUGAACAUGCUUGAUCGCAAAGAAAGUCAAGCCAGUGGCGAGAGAGUGGGUGGACAUGUAGUUGUGAGUGCUGAUCUCACCGGCUCAAUUAAAAUAAUGGUGAACCGGCCUAGAGCUACAAAAGCUGGCCAAAGCACAUUCUUCGAAGCGGAAUAA